AUGGGUUCAGCCCCUGCGGGCGCAGUGCGGGCACGCUACCUUGUGUACUUCCAGUACUUGGGCACCGCUUUCAACGGGGUCGUGGCCGUCAAGGGCGCCCAGCGUGCCAUCGGGGUCCAGAAUUUCCUGGAGGAGGCCGCUGAGCGACUGAAUUCGGUAGAACCAGUUAAAUUUACCAUCUCCAGCCGCACAGAUGCUGGUGUCCACGCGCUGAGCAACUCGGCACAUCUGGAUGUCCAGCGCCGCUCAGGCCAACCACCCUUCACCCCCGAGGUCCUGACCCAAGCCCUCAACACCCACCUGAGACACCCGGCCAUCAGGGUGGUGCAGGCCUUCAGGGUGCCCAGCAACUUCCACGCCCGCCAUGCAGCCACUUCAAGGACCUACCUGUACCGCCUGGUCACUGGCUGCCACGGGCCAGACCAGCUCUCAGUGUUUGAACGAAAUCUGUGCUGGAUGCUCAGGACUGACAGCCUGGAUGUUGCAGCUAUGCAGGAUGCUGCCCAGCACCUCUUGGGAACCCAUGACUUCAGUGCCUUCCAGUCAUCCGGCAGCCCAAGCAGGAGCUCAGUGCGUACUCUGCGGCGUGCCACUGUAUCCCCGGGGCAAGCCAGCCCCUUCAUUACUCCUCAGGAGAACAGGGGGCUGCGGUUCUGGAACCUGGAGUUUGAGAGCCAGUCUUUCUUGUACCGGCAGGUACGGAGGAUGACAGCAGUGCUGGUGGCUGUGGGGCGGGGGGCACUGCCACCUGCCCAGGUGAAGUCAAUCCUUGAGAGUAAGGAUCCCUUGGGCAAGUACCAAACACGUGUGGCCCCAGCACAUGGCCUGUUCCUAGUGGCGGUGCGAUACCCAGGCCUUGCGAACCAAGAUGGGACUCUGAACUGUGCCCAGGAAGGACCAGGAGUUUGGGAUGGAGAAGCCUCCUAUUAG